AUCCUCCACUACAGCUGAAGGCCCUGACCUACAAGUAGAAAACAUGAACUCUCUCUGCAGAACACUGAUUGUGCUCGGAGCUUUUCUUGCUGCAGCUUACGGUCUGAAAUGCCGUCAGUGCGAUGCAGGUAUUUUGGGGGUCUGUCUUUUGGGAACUGAGAUCACCUGUGGUGCAGGCACGGACACCUGUUACAAGACGGAGGCCCAGUUUAACGAAACAACCGCAGUGACGUUUGUCACUCGUGGGUGCAGAAACGCCACGGGUUGUGGGGAUACUGCGACUGGUACCAUUCUGGGUAUUGGAUACAACAUCAAGUCCUACUGCUGCUCCCAAGACCUGUGUAACAGCGCUUCCUCACUGCAGCUGUCCAUCACUGCAGGAGUCCUGCUGGCUGGCCUCUCCACACUCUGGGCAUCUCUGUAAACUUAUACUACAACUCAGUCGGGAAAUACUGUCAAGAAGCUUUUCAGUUUAAUAGUGCUAAAAUCACAUUACUUAAGAUAACUUCAUCUUACUUUUAACAAUUCAUCUCAGCCACUGCUUCUUUUUAUCUUCUUAUGUAAAACGAACAUCCAAGCAAGAUACAUCUCAAUAGAUUGAUAGGCAUAUUAUUCAUGCAUGUUAUGGAUAAAAUGACUUAUUAUUACAUUGCAAAACUAAAUGAAGUGUUCAGAUUGAAGGGAGAAUCUUCAUUUGUUCCUGAUAUGUUUUGUUGACAAUGUAGGCCUACAUAAAUGUAUCUUACUUUCAUACCAAUUUGAGAUUUUACUUGUAUUACAUGUUUGGAUAGUACAUUUUUAUUUGAUAUACACAGUAAAACAUUUAACUGUCAAUAUUUGAUCCUAUAAAGUAUGUAUGUGUGUGGCAUUUUUAAACACUUGUUACCUUUUCAUAGUGAAAUUAAUUCUCGAGAGUUUAGGUGUAUGAAGUGAACUGGAUUUUCAAGAGCAAACAGAUCUCAAUCAGUAUUAUUAAAAGACAAAAUGAUCAUCUCAAAGGCAUCCAGACAGGAGUUACUUUUGUUAAAGUGCCAAAGGGUGUGGAAAUUAAUAAUAAACAUAUUUUGGUAGACUGUACUUUGAUAAUACUUUCAUAAUGAAAUAUGGCACAGCAGCAGUGGU